AUGGAUGAACGACACUGGUGGAUUGCAUCAAAAGUUGAACAAACAUUUGGUAUUGAUAAAACUUCAACUGCUGAUACAUCAUUUACGGAAUCAUUUUUUCGUCGAUCUGAUGUACUUGAUAAAAUAAAUAGUUUUUUAUUGGCAAAAGGUUCGAAUAAAUUAUUUUUUUAUACAACACGUGAUCGUCUUGCUUCAAAAGAUAUCACAUGUUGUCAAACUAUUAUUGAUGAAUAUGCUCUCGUUAAUGAACCAUUGGAUAAUAUUAUUUUAUUAUAUUUUAUCCGUUCGGAUACAAGUUCAGAUGCAACUAUAUCACCUGCAUCGGAUAUUUAUUGUGGAGAAAUAAAACAUGCAGCACAAAUGGCAUCGUUACUUUAUUCACAAACAUUAUUACCAUUAUUUAAAAAAGAAUUAAUACCUAAUUCAAAUGAUAGUCAUAAUCAAGCAACUACAAAAGCAGCUAUUGCAACUCAAAUGGAAAGACAUAUUGAUGGAAUUAGUGCAACAUGUCAUUCUUUACAAAAAGAUAAGAAUUUACUAUUAAAACGAGUUGAUGCUGAAAUGAUAAGUCAAUUGAAACAAACUGCACGAUCAACUGCUGAUAGUCCUGUUAUUCGUAAUUGUGAACCAUUAGUUUUAUCAUGGAUUUCAACAAUUGAAAAUGUUCUUCAAGAUAUAUUUGGUGAAGAUUCAAUGCAUCCAUCACUUGGUCCAUUAAGUGAAAUCGAUCGAUGGACACGUAAACAACGUUUAAUUAAUAACUUACUUGAACAAUUAAAAUCUAAAGAAUGUAAAGCAGUUAUUGGUGCAUUAAUUACAUCAAAAUCAAAAGUUAUACGAAAAUGGAAAGCAAUUGAUGUUUCUAUAACCGAAGCACAAAAUGAAUGUCGUGAUAAAACAAAAUUUCUUGAAUCAAUUCGUCGUUAUUUAGAAAGUUUAACUGAAGAUGCACAUCCACAAAAUUGUGCUGUUAAUAUUUUACCUGCUUUAUGUGAUGCUAUGAGAACUGUUGAAUCAGUAUCAAGAUAUUAUGCUAGACAAGGUUAUUUAGGCUUAAUUUUUACAAAGGUUACUAAUCAAUUAGUUAAAAUUUGUAAACAUUAUAUUAGUGAUGAUUUAAAACAACUUUGGCCAAAACUUUUCGAUGAAAUUCUAUAUGGAGGAUUAAUUGAUGAUAUUAAAGAAAAUUUUCAUCUUGAUAAACGAGAUGUAAAACGUUUUCGUGAAAUUUCAAAAGGAUCAAUACCAUUAGAAACAAAUUCGAUUAAUGAAAGUACAUUUCAACGUCUAAAAAAUUGUCUUCUUUUACAAUCAUCUUACAAGGAAAUAUUUCGUGCUUUACGAGAUGCACUUGGUGGUACACAAAUGUUAACAGCUACAGCUUUUUCAGCGGCAUCAUCAUCAACAUUAAGUGGAACAACGAGUGCUCAUCCACAAGAUCAAAGUCAUUCAAGAUAUCAAAUUAGACAUUCAAGUGGAAUUUUAAUGUCACAAGAUGAAAAAAUUUUUCAACAUUUCGAUGAAUUUUGUCGUCGAGUUGAACAAAUGCUUGAUAUGACAGUGAUACUCAAUCAAUUUUCACAACUUAUCGCUACAACUGUUCGAUUACCUAAACCAAAACGAACAGAUUUAAUCGAAGCAGAAGCUGUUGCCAAUCGUGCAGACUUAUGUGGUUGUUAUGUUCAAAUUGAAACACCUUAA